GGCCUCAUUUAUAAAACUUUGCGUAGAUUUCAUCCUUAAAGUGUGCGUACGCACAUAAGGCAGAAUUUGCGUACGCACAAAAGUUUUCAGAUUUAUAAAACCGUACGUACACCAAAACCUGCGCAAGGUUCACUUUAUAAAUCACAAUUAUCUGAAUAUUGUGCACAGGUGCACGUGCUUAUAGCUAACCCCAAUCUCCUCCCGAAAUAACCAUAUUUGGAGGUUAAGACCGCCUAUUUUGAAUAUGUUUGAUCUCCCUGCAUAUUAAUACGACCGAUAAUUGUUAUUGAUCUGUUUGGCUAAAAAUGGAAGAACAGAAACGAAAAGCAAAAAAAAGAAACUUCACCGACUGCGAGAUGGAGGUACUGCUGUCUGAGGUGGAGGGCCGAAAAAAAGUUUUAUUUGGUGGGCUCUCUGCAGGCAUUUCAAAUAAAAGAAAGAUAUUAGAAUGGGAGCGAGUAACAGAAGCAAUCAAUGCUGUUACCUCGCACAGUCCAAGAGACAAAAAAAAAAAUGGUCUGACUUAAAAGUAGUCGUAAAAAAAAGAAUAUGUGCACACAGGCGCAGUGUCGUAACAACUGGUGGUGGUCAAGGAAUCACUGACCUCUCAGCCUUUGAUGCAAGGGUGGGUGCGAUUAUAGGGGAAACAGGAUUAAGUGGAGUUCUUCCAGAAUUCCAAGGUGAUACGGAUGUGAUUUGCGGUGACGAUGGAACAGUUAAUCCUGGAAUGCCUUCAAGCCCGGUGAGUGGUCCAAGUGGGGUAGACAAGGGAUGUAGGCUUAGAUCCUACGUGCCACCGCCGCCGCCAUCCUGUGUGCCUCCACCACCAUCCUGUGUGCCACCACCGGGAUCUUGUGUGCCUCCACCAACGUCCAGUGUGCCGCCAUCAUCAAAUGCCCAAGCAACCCCAUCCUGUGCGCAAUCCAGUGCAUCAUCAUCAUCAUCAUCCUUUGUGCCACCACCGAGCGCUGGUAACUCAAGGCGUGUACUGACGGAAGAAGUCAUGCAGACCCAACGUCACAUGGUUCAUGCUGUUAAUGCGGUGUGUUCCGAACUGAAAGAAAUAAAAACAAUUUUGUCAGAAAUAAGUGGUUCACUUAAAGAACUUGUGAAAAAAUAAAAAGUUUGAAUUCACUUGCCUUUUUACA